AUGUGGAGACAACACGGAAGCCGAAGAAUAUUUGAAUGGUGUUUCGAAAGUUUUACAACAGUUUAUACGGAUGGUUGCUGUCUUUCUAACGGUCAAAAGGAAUCACGUGCAGGAUACGGUGUUUAUUGGGAGGAUAAUCAUCCAUGGAAUGUUAGUGAACAUUUAGAUGGUCCACCAACAAAUAACCGAGCCGAAUUGAUGGGUUCUAUUACUGCAAUGGAAAUAGCAUUGUUAAAUGGUAUAUCAGAUCUUGAAAUAAAAACAGAUAGUCAAUAUACAAUCGAUGCUGCAACAAAAUAUAUACAAAAUUGGAAAAAACAAAAUUGGAUAAAAAAAUUAGAUUCAACACCUGUUUUGAAUAAAGAUUUAAUGGAGAAAUUAGACAAUUUACAACAACAAUUGAAUGUUAAAUGGACGUAUGUGAAGGGUCAUUCAAAUGAUCGUGGUAAUGAUGCUGCUGAUAAAUUAGCUAAAGCAGGUGCAACCAAAGUGUAA